AUGGGAUUCAGUGUUGGGGAAGAUGCCAUGCUUUCCUGCCUAGACAGUCUGAAGCGGACCUUUGAUGAAGAUCUCCUAACGUGGAAAUCGGAACUUCAGAAAUAUGUGCGGCCGGGAAGAGACACUGAUGAAGAAGAAAUUCAAAAAGACUCUGAAAACGCCGGCACAAUGUUAGGAACUGAUCCAGGAACUGAUCCUAAUAUAAGUUCAUCAACAGCUUCGGAAUUGACAUCAACAUCGGAAUCUUCAUCAAGAUCAUCAUCUUCCGGGGAUACCAUCUGCAGGGAUAAUGUCGGGAAGCAGAUUAAAGCUCAACACCAAACGAGAAAUCACGGUUACCAGUACAAAAACUGGACACUGGCGUUUAUGGUCAAAAACAGAAUUCGAACUACCCAUUUUGAUGAUGAAAUGACCAUCCGUUCGUCGGACAUUCCUGUAGAAAAGUUCUGCGUCACAAAAGACGAAGCGAGUACGAUAAGGGAGCACAUGAGCAUAAUGGUGCAACGCAUUGUUACGGCGUACAUGCCUUUAUUCCAGCCGUUGGAAGACAAUGUCAUUAAAAGUACGAAGCACGCGUUCCAUGCAGAGAGCUGUGAAAAGAGUGAACUGUUUAACAUUGGAGUAUUAGAUGAACCUCCAUCAAGUAUUGCCGGCGUGAUCAAAAUACUUGAAGGCCUGCAGAAGUACGUGCCGCUAAAGGAGGAUGGUGAUCCAUUCAGGAUUAUCACUUGGGAUGACGGCUUAUCUUGUGAGCGGCACGUAGAUGCUCAGAAUGCUCGAGCCAACGGCGCAACACCUCUUGAUAGGUUACAAGGCUUGGAACCUGCUCCGCAGGAAUUUCACAAGCGCAUGCUUUUGAUGCAGGACACAAUGAACAAGAUGUUUAGCGGAAGCAGUGCCACGGAAAAAGGGACGCUUUUCCAUCUGAAAAAAGUUUUCAAUCAACGUUCUGUCUCGAAAAAUGUUUCCGAAACAUUUAACUAUGUGUCCGACUUUCUGAAGGAACUAUUUUACCAUUUAAUAUCAUUAAAUCCUAAUCGAGCUUUAACCUGCUGGAACGGCUUUCUACCAGAAAGGUUGAGACAAGAUCUCAUAUGA